AGAACUGACAUUUUAGUUGUAUGCAUUUUAAAAGGUGAUAAAACACUUGCUAGAACUUAAAUUAGUUAAAGACACAAUAAUUCAUCUGACAUUUUAGUCAGUGAAAGACACAGCUUUGGGCUCAAAGUUUGUAAUGAAAUUUUCAACACAGAAUCCCCGAGAGAACGAAAUCAGCAUGGAGCAUGAAACACAAAGUCAUUAUGUUGACCGUAAAGUUGAAGCAGUAGCUUUCAUGACUGAUAUAAACAGAAAUCAGAUAGAAAAAUUUGUGCGAGAUGCUGAACAAGCUGGGAGACCCUCUUGCAAUAAUGUGCAAUCUCUACUUUUGGAAGUUCUGCAACAUUUUGAACUAGAUCUAAAUACCAACAACAACGCUCACGGUAGUUUCAGUGACGAAAAUACUACUAUGGAAAUUUCCGAAUAUGACAACUGUUUUGAAAGUAAAGAGUUGUUACAAACGGAGUCGACUUCAAAUCCUUCUGAAAGUUUGGAUAAUGCGAAAAAUUACGACGUGUGUGACGGUUUGGAUGACACUACCUCUACCUACCCCGCCCACGAGAAGAAUAGAUUAAUGCUGCAGGCAUUGAAAGCGGAACAAGCAAUCCUCAGAACAAACAUAGUGUGCAGGGAAUGUAAGAGAUCUGAACGGGAUUGUAUUUUUAUGCCUUGCGGCCAUUUUAUUGCGUGUUUCCAGUGCGCUGAUAAGAUAUCUACAUGUCCAUUAUGUUGUAAAGUUAUUCUUGCAACUGCGAAAACUCAUAUUUGUUAAACAUAGUUCUGUUUUUAUCAGUAGCCAAGAUGUAUAGUAAUUGCUUUAUGAAAUAUAUGCAUGAUCGACAUUUGUAACAAUUCCUUUAUAAAAUAUGUGCAUGCUGUUUGUUUAUAGUUCUAAACAAUGUUACGCUAAUUACAAAACUACAUUAUUAGUUAAGUAAUGUUUAAUUCAUCCCUCAACAAAAUUAUCUCACUUUAAAAAUUAGGCUGUUCUUUUUUGUUACUGCGCAUUGUACAGAUAUGUUUUUGUUAUUCUAUGUUAUCUCAAUUUAUUUUAAGGUUACUUCAACCAAAUGUUUUCUUUUUCUCAUAGCGACCUGUAUGAGUGAAUAACAUACAUGUGAAUUAACUGGCAAUCAUUCGGGAAAUGUAAUAAUUCCUAACAACAUAUAACUAGUGUAUUUAAUUAAUAAUUUUAAAUCAGGUGUUUGUCUGUUGUCUAAUGUACUGUUUACUGUUUACUAAUAUACUUUUUACUGAGGAAUUAAAAGACAUUGUUAUGAAAAUAACCAAAACCUAAAUAUAAAAGAUAUAA